AUGUCCACAAAAGCUAGACGUCGUCUUAUGAAUGACUUCAAGAAAAUUCAGCUUGAUCCUCCUCCAGGUGUGUAUGCUGUACCACUUGACGAUAAUAUAAUGAAAUGGCAUGCAAUUAUUUUGGGACCAGAUGGCACAGCGUUUGCAGACGGGAUAUUUAGGUUAACUAUGGAGUUUACUGAAAGUUAUCCUAAUGUCCCACCAAUUGUUCGAUUUAUUUCCAAAAUGUUUCACCCUAACGUUUAUAGCGAUGGAAGUAUAUGUCUAGAUAUAUUACAAAAUAUGUGGUCCCCAUCAUAUAACAUUGGUGCAAUUUUAACAUCAUUACAGUCAUUAUUAGGUGAUCCAAAUCCUAACUCACCUGCAAAUACAACGGCAGCAGAGUUAUUUGAAGAAGAUAAACGCCAAUAUGAAACUCAAGUACGAGCUAUUGUCGAAGAGUCAUGGCGAAAUGAUGAACCUAUUGAUUAA